AUCACAUUUGACGUAAUUUUUGCAUACAGUUCUUUUUGUUUGAUUAAUGUUAGCUUCAUGGAAAAAGCGCGAUAAACUAUUGGAAAACCUGCAGAGCUAAAGAAUAUAUUCCACUUGAUUUUGACUUGAAUUUUCAAUCAUCAAAAAACGUCCCAGAAUGAGUUCUAUCUCGAAGUUGCAAAACUACGUUUCCAACGCACUAGAAUGUACGCGCUUUCGCUUGAUCCGCAAAGAACAAGACUUUGACGAUGAGUCUGUAGUGUUUCACCCGGAAAUGGCUCAUCAAAUUUUCGGUGAACAAGAGAGUGUCUUUGGUUAUCGUGAUUUGCAGAUAGAUGUCUGUUUCGCAGCCGGCUCACUGGAUAUUUACUUCAAUGUUAAAUAUUCGGAAAAGGUUGAUGACGUUAGUCCGGAUGGAGGGGUCAAAGCAGAUGAUGUGGAAAAAGCACUUGCUGAGCUGGUAGAGGAUGGAUGCUACUAUACCAAUCUGGAAGAAUAUAAAAAGAUUGUGGAAGUCAAAACCGCAGGUUUCAAACCAUUUGGUAAUAAGGUAGAUGAGUUUAAGCUAAACCCUGGUAUAUGCGGUCAGGAAGAACGCACAUUUGAAGUUUACGUAAGCGACAUAAACGAUAAGGAUUUUCUCAAGUACCACUCCAGGCUCGAGUCGCUCUCUUUUUGGUUCAUCGAUGCAUUUAGUAGAGUUGAACAUGAUCCACUGUGGCUAUUUUUUAUAGUAUAUGAAAAAUAUUCUGACGGAAACGAGACUCGUUAUGCUACGGCCGGGUACUUUACAGUUUAUCAGUAUUAUUCAUACCCGCAGUUCAUAAGGCCUCGGAUUAGCCAGAUACUGGUUUUACCUCCUUUCCAGAAACUUGGGAUUGCUUCCUGGUUGAUCGAAACGACCGUAAACAAGUAUUUUCUUUCGAUGAGUAAUGUAGCGGACAUCACCUAUGAAGAGCCAACAGAUAUUAUCCAACACAUUCGCUCAGUUGUAGACGCCAAACAUUGUAUGACGUUGCCUGCUUUUGCGAAAGACAAAUUGCUCAGUGGAUUCAGUAAAGAAAUGCUGAAGGAAGCGAAAGAAAAAUACAAGAUCAACCCAAAACAAUGUCGCGUAAUUUACGAGAUUCUUAGGUUAUCGGCAAUCGACACCAAGAAUGAAACGGACUAUCGCAACUACCGCGUCGAAGUAAAAAAGCGGCUGAAUUUGAACAACAGUAAGCAUCAGCGAGCGCUGGUUCGGCUGCAGAAACGGGGAGUCGACGUAAGUGCGGCACUCAGUCUACUUCCUACGCUGGAAGAUCGUAUAGAACAAUUAAAUGCAGAAUAUCAGCAAGUCGAACAGGUUUACCACCAGGUUUUGAAGAAACUAAAACUUGCUCGAGAUUAAAAAUCAGUCGAGCUUUCCGUCGAAAUUGUCCCAUACUUUUAAUUGUUCUAUUGUGGAUAACUCAUUUUUAAUUGAAAUUAUUCUCUGUUUCGUUUCAAUACUUAUUCCUUCGUUUCGUUUUGGUUAGAAUGUAAGAAUUGAAUAAAAUAAUAUAUUAAGUAAUAA